AUGACCGGCUUGCUGUUCAUCACCGACGCAGGGGACGAGGCGGACAACGAAGCCGCACUGUGGCUGCUGUCCACGCACCUGGAAAAGCUCAAGGACACGCUGGUGGACGUGGUCUUUGCUACUGGGAACCCUGCGCUACGUGCCAUGCGGUGGGCUCGCAUCAUCAAUACCAUCAAGAAGGAGGACGUGCCGGGCAAGGACAAGAUCAGAUACUGCGUGGGCCCGGAGACGAAGAGGGAGAUGAGGUACUACACCAAGUUCGAUGCAGACGCACUGGCUUCCGCCGGCAUGGGGGACCUGCAGGACGCGCACUGGGAUGGCGGUCAGUACAGCAUCAUCAUCCAGGCUUCGCCUUUGGAAGGCUUUGCGGAGGAUUUCUACAAUCCCGCCAGCGGCCCGGAAGGCGCCCUGGGCCGCGUGGAGGCCUCUCCCGGGACCCACGCGCCGCUGUACGUGGUGGUGGGUGAGGAGGGCACACCCAACUUCCCCAAGGACAAGCUGCAUCGGCGCUUCAAGGAGUUCCUAAACGAGAAGGGCUUCAAAGCGGUGCACCUCGGCGGAAACAACUACAUGCACUGGACCACCGACUUCUUUUCCUACUUGCCCUCUCCGCUGAUGAAGGAGGCGCUGCAGGACGAGUGGAAGAAGGCGGUGGGCCGCAUCCCCCCGGAGAUGUCGAACGUCUUCGUGCGCUUCAAGGUGAACAGCAACGUGAACUACGAGGUGGUGGAUGCAGCCUACAAGUCCUUUGCCAAGAGCCGUCAGGACGACGAGACGUUCAAGCAGGCCAUGACCUGGUGGAAGGAGCUGCGGCCCACCAUCCGCGCGGCCGUGCAGGACAACUACGUGAAGGUCUCCAGGCAGCAAGACAAUACCGGCGCCCGCUUCGGGAACCCGAAGAUCAAGGACAUGGUGAGGGGCCAGAACAUCACCUGGAGGUCGGCCAUGGCGGAGGCGUGUGUGGCGGACAUCAAGGCGGCCACCGGCGCCAGCGACGCGGCGCUGGAGAACUUUACGGUGGACGAGGCGCUGAGCCUGGCGCUCACGGAGAUCACCGGGAAGCUGCUGCGGAUCUACGCCUUCAGUGCCUUUGACGCUGAGGUGACGCCGAACCCUGCGCAGUGCAAAGGCUAUGCAACGGGCUCGGCCAUGAAUCCGCCGCUGGACUUCUAUCAAUUCCCCCGGCUCCUGGGGGACGUGUCGGUGCUGAAGAAGGAGGUGGUGGGCAACCCCAUGUACGACACCUCGGCGGUGCUCUUCUCCCUGUGCCUCGCGGGCAGUGGGAAGGAUGAGGCGGAGAAGCUGCUGCUGAGGCUCUCCGAGGGCUCGGUUCUUCCCAAGGCGGAGCGGGAUGAGAUCAUGGUCCGCGCCUUCCGUGGCGACGAGGUGCCGAAGCUCAUGAGCUCGUUCGUGGGCAAGUGA